AUGAGCAAUCCUCGGCCUCUGGAAAAGGAGGCAUAUGACAUGUCAGGCGCCCGUCUAGCCCUGACGCUAUGCGUCACCAAAGCCCGGGAAGGUUCUGAGGCGGACCUAGACGCCCUGGAACGAAUGUUCAGGCAGCUGGGAUUCCAGAGUACCACGAAGAGAGACCCCACCGCCCAGCAAUUCCAGGAAGAGCUGGAAAAAUUCCAGCGGGCCAUCGAUGCCCGGGAAGACUUUGUCAGCUGUGCUUUUGUGGUGCUCAUGGCGCAUGGGCUAGAAGGUCGCCUCAAAGGGGAAGACGAGAAGAUGGUCGAGCUGGAGAACCUUUUCAGGGUUCUGAACAACAAGAAUUGCCAGGCCCUGAGAGCGAAGCCUAAGGUGUACAUCGUGCAGGCCUGUCGUGGAGAACAAAGGGACCCUGGUGAAACAGUAGGUGGAGACAACACUGUGAUGAUCAUAAAAGACGACCUUGACACCAUUCCAACGUACACGGACACCCUCCACAUCUACUCCACUGUGGAGGGGUACCUUUCCUACAGACAUGACCAGGAUGGCUCCUGCUUCAUCCAGACCCUGGUUGAUGUAUUCUUGGAGAGAAAAGGACCUAUCCUGGAUCUUCUCACAGAGGUAACCCGGCGGAUGGCAGAAGAAGAGGUGGUUCAUGAAGGGGAGGCGAGGAAAUUGAACCCCCAAAUCGAAAGCACCCUUCGGAAACAGCUCUAUCUGCAGUAG